AUGGACGACGAGAGCCGCCAUGGACGUUUCGUCACGACGCGUAUCUCGCGCAUGAUUUCUAUUGAGCGCGCGUACCAUCGAUUCUCUCAGUUGUGGCCUGGCUGCCACAUUAAACAGUUCGCAUUCUGCCUUGUCUGCUGGUCCUUCUGUACCCUACAGUUUGGUGACCCGGACGUUGCAGCGUACAUGACACAGCCACCAGCCCCUACCACUUCCUCUGCCUCCGACGAUGCCUCAGUGCCGCCGUCAAUCGAGCACUACGCCAUGCGGCUGCCGCCCUUCCGGAGCCACAAUCCGGGCGUAUGGUUCCUACAGGUAGAAUGUCAGUUCGCUCUCGGGGGCAUAACAUCACAGCUGACCAAAUUUCGCCAUGUGGUGAGCGUACUGCCGCAAGACGUUGCCGCCCAAGUGGUCGACAUCCUUUCCGCUCCACCCGCCGCCAACCAGUACGACGCGCUCAAGACCGCUGUCCUCGAGCGAACCACGGCUUCGGAACGCAAGCGCUUCCAAGAGCUCCUGUCUUCCGAAGAUCUUGGCGACCGCCGUCCGUCUGAACUAUUGCGACACAUGCAGGGGCUGCUUGACGAGCGAGCCCUUUCCUUCGAUGCCAGCCUCCUCAAACAACUCUUCCUGCAGCGCUUACCAACAACCGUGCAGAUGAUCCUAGCGUCUGCGUCGACUCUGCCAUUGCAAGAGCUUGCGGAUCUUGCAGACAAAAUCUUGGAGGUUUCCCUUCCGUCCAUUUCAGCAAUGCCCGCCGCACCGCCCUUGCCUUCAGCUGUUUCCCCCACGGCGUCUUCACCAUCCGCCCAAGUCCGGCUAACUUCUCCGCAAGGGGACUCCAUAGCCCAACUGCGCGAAGAUUUUGGACGCCUCUCCGCCAUGGCGUCGCCGACGCGAUCGUCCGCGCUCCGCGUCCCGCUCCCCCAGUCGACGCCGUUCACCUCGUCGGCCUCUGCAAGACGAGCCCAUCGGCCCUUGCUGGUACCACCAGCGGUACGGCUCCGAGGCCCGUCGGUGCACGCGACCCUGUACUUGGACGGAAAACUUGCCCGGGGACCGUUAGCGGCUGCGACUGUCUCCACCACGCCUAGCAGCCGACUAUUCUACGUUGUUGACCGGCCCUCAAAGACGCGCUUCCUCGUUGACACGGACGCCGAAGUGAGCGUGCUCCCCGCUUUAGGAAGUGACAAGCGUCGUCCAGCCAGGUUCCAUCUUACGGCUGUCAACAACACCGGCAUUCCCGUCUUCCGACAGCUAUCUGCCACCCUCGAUCUGGGCCUUCGCAGAACGUUCCCGUUGCUUUUCGUUGUGACCGGUGUCCGCCAAGCCAUCCUGGGCGCCGUCUUCUUACACCAUUUCGGCUUAUCUGUGGACGUCGCUCGCAAGCGCCUGAUAGAUACCUCCACCCAGCUGUCGGUUCAGGCUCGCUCCGUUCAUUCUGCGAGCCGUCUCAGCGGCAUCUCCAUUUCUGCCCUCCACUCGACAUACGCUGCCGUCCUCAAGGACUUCCCUAGUCUCACGCAACCACCAGAUUGGUCGCGCCCAGUCGCACACGAUGUCGUGCACCACAUACAGACCACCGGAGCACCCGUUUUCGCCCGGGCACGUCAGCUAGCUCCGGAGAAGCUCAAGAUUGCAAAAGCGGAAUUUGAGCACAUGGUGUCCAUCGGUGUAGCCAGACCUUCCUCCAGCAAUUGGUCCUCCGCUUUGCACAUGGUGCCCAAAAAGACCAGCGACUGGCGCCCCUGCGGUGAUUACCGUGCGCUUAACCUUGUUACUGUGCCUGACCGUUACCUGCUCCCGUGGUUGCCAGACUUCACGGUCAACCUCCACGGCACUACCCUCUAUAGUAAAAUCGGUCUGAUGAAAGCAUAUCACCAGAUCCCAGUAGCCCCUGAAGACAUCAAGAAAACCGCAAUUACGACUCCGUUUGGGCUGUACGAGUUUCCGCGGAUGCCAUUUGGUCUCCGCAACGCGGCCCAAACGUUUCAACGUUUUAUAGACAGCGUCAUCAGGGGCCUCCCCUUCGUAUUCGCAUACAUUGACGACUUGCUUGUGGCCAGCUCAUCUCCAGAAGAGCACGAACAUCAUCUCCGCCUGCUCUUCCCACGCCUGGCUGCUCACGGCAUUGUCGUCAAUGUACAAAAAUGCGAAUUCGGGGUAUCAUCCACAGAGUUCCUUGGGCACAAAGUCUCCCCGGAGGGCAUAACACCGCUUCCCACUAAGGUCCAGGCUAUCUCCAACUUUCCCCAGCCCCAAUCCAUCCGGCAACUUCGGCGCUUCCUCGGCCUCAUCAACUUCUACCGGCGCUUCAUUCCGCACUGCGCUGAAACCCUCCGCCCCCUUGAAUCUCUUCUCACCCAGUCGAGCCGAGCUGCGAAGAAGUUGAUGUGGAAUUCUGACGCCGAAUCGAGCUUCCUCAAGAUCAAGGCCGACCUCGCCACUUGCUCUCUAUUUUGCCAUCCCCGGCACGGCGCGCCGACUACGCUCAUGGUUGACGCCUCUGGUAUAGCCGUCGGCGCGGUACUGCAGCAGCAGAUUGGCACAGCAUGGCGCCCCAUAGCCUUCUUCUCCAAAGCCCUCAAACCUACCGAGCAGCGCUACAGCACUUUUGGCCGAGAGUUGCUGCCCGCCUACCUCGCGGUCAGGCAUUUCCGUUUCUUCCUGGAAGGUCGCGCUUUCUCCAUCCUAACCGACCACAAACCCUUGACCUACGCUUUCCACUCUGCCAGCAGCCGGUAUUCCCCAAGGGAGAUUCGUCAGCUCGCCUAUCUUGCUGAAAUGUGCACAGACAUCAGGCAUGUACCGGGGGAAGGAAACGCUCCAGCCGACGCCUUAAGUCGAGUUGCUGCCCUUUCUACCACCACGCACCGCUUUUCUCACGAAGCCCUCGCUUCUGCCCAACUCCACGAUGAAGAGCUGAAGCGCUUGCGCACAGCUAACACCAUCUCCCUCAAGCUGCAAGACCUCCCCAUUCCCGGCACUUCCGUUACCAUCUGA